AUGUCAUCGAAUUUCGAAUUUUUGGACUCAAUCUCUUUUCCACGUCACGACUGUAAUAUGAACUCUGAACUGCGAAAAUCUGCUGGCUCAGAUAUCAAGCGACUGCAGGAGAUGGUUAAGAGGCUCGAAGAACAAAAUGCCCAGCUGAAGAGCAGCGAUUAUUCGUUGAACCGGCGGACUCCAAACAACAGAGUUAUGGGUGAUGAGGCCACUAUGGUUAAAGUCAAAUUAAAUUUGGAUGAUGUUCCUCUAUUGGAUUUAAAUGCAGCGGUAGAAGAAGAUGACGAUACAUGGUAAAUAGAUUGUUUCUUAUGUUUUUUAUUGUCCCAGGAAAUCUUUUUAUAUUUAUCAGCUGAUUUGUCUCGAACACUGAAGAGCGCCAGCCAUAAAAUGUUUAGCUCGGCAGGAAAUAUAAGCUUAAGAGAAACAGAGCACUCAAUAAUAGCUUAACUCAUCAGAAGGUUGAUUAAAGGAAACAAAAUUACGACCAUGAAUUAAUGUAAUUCACUAAAGCCUUGAAGAGCAAGACCCUGAAAAGGAGCAUGUUCUUUUAUUACUGAAUAUUUUAUGAAACACAGCAACUUUUUGCCUUCUUACAUAAGAUUAUGUUUCAAUUUUUUGGCUCAUGUAUCCUCCUGUAGUUCUUUCAGUUUUUCAUUGCAAUUGUGUUAAUUUGUUAAAUAUAACUAUUUGCUUAAUAGUCCUCACCGGAAAUGUCAUUGCGGCGCUCAGCUUGACAUAAAUGUCAGAAUGAAAUAACAGUGUUUUCCUAGACUGUAUGUCAAGAUACAAAAUUGCUGUAUUAAAGGGCCCUAAUACAAUGAGUGAAUUUUAUGCACUAAUUGUGUUUGGUCAUACAGUCUACGAAACCAUUGUUAUUUCUUUCUCACAGUUCUCUUAAUCGCUUACAGUGCAACUGGGAAAACCGUGAACACUUGAAAUAUCUCAGGAAUGUUUAUUGUGUUAUGUCCAAUCGCAGCAAAAGUCACAACACACGAACUGGCCACAAAACCACAAACUACACUGUAAUACUAGUAAUAGUUGACACUACAGCUGCCCCUGUUAUAUUGUCGGUCAAUAGUAUUCUUACUGGUUGUGUAGCUCUUUGAAAUAUACCGAUUCAUAAUGAAGAUUUUCACACAUAUUCCAUACAAUAGGUGAGAUAAAUACAGGAAAUGCAAGGUUCCAGGCACAGUUUCAGCUCGAUUUACACAGCUUUGAUCAAAACAUUCUCACUUUCGAGAAUAGUUUAUUCUAACCACAAGAAAAGAUUUAAUUAGAAGUUGAAUUUUUAGCUAUUUCUCUUUCCCUUUUUACAUUCAGUUCAUUUUAUUUUCUGGAAAGUAAGCGUUAGAAAUUAAAAGGACGUUUGAUCGAUUCACGUUAGCGCAUUCUAGUCUUAUUUGAAACUUUAUAACGGAAGGACAUCUGUGAGCAGGGAAAAAGUCAGCACAGAAUUUGAUUGUCGGUGAAUUUCUGUAAAUGUCCAUCAAUCUGCUAGUGAUAAGCUAGCCAUUGUUCACUGGUCUUGCUUGUUUGGAGCUGAGUCUUAUUCUGGUCAAAGAGAGAGAAAGAGUGUCUGGCAAGGUUUCCAAUAUAAAUCAAAGAUUUGUGAACUCGUGUCUGGCAAGCUCUCCAUGUGUUUAUAUAUCUGCACAGUUAAACGCACCUUAUAACCUCCCCUGCGCUUAACGAGUGUCUUUUGGUCCAUAACUUUCAAAACAACUGCUCCACAGAAUGUCAAUGCGUAACGCAAAAGAGUGUCGAAGUAUGACUGCACAAUAAAUGUCACAAAAUCUACCUGAGCCGUCCCGUCGGGAUUUUCUGUCUUUACGUCAUCCUAACCAUUUCGUACUUGCAGACGCAAACAAUAGAAACGUCAUCAUUACCUACCAAUUCCUCUCGGCCCCAGUUCGAGCAAAUCGAGAUUUUUUCUGGUAUACUGACUGUAUAUUUGAACUGUAAGUGCUGUCCUUAAUAUACGCGCGAGUUACUAGGGUGACCUUGGGAUUUCGCCCCUGCAGGGGCAAUUACUGUUGCCACUUGCAGAUUAGUUUUCUCACACCUGAUUGGUUUUUUUCUUGCAACACAAUAACAUUCCAGAAAUAUUUCUGCAGGGUUCGUACAGGUCAUGCAAAAAACCUGGAAAGUCAUGGAAUGCAAGAAUUUCGUUUUCAAGGCCUGGAAAGUCAUGGAAUUUAAUUUUUUGUCCUUGAAAGUCAUGGAAAAUUAAAGUUUUGUUUGGUAGAUUAGUUGCUGCAGUUGACAAGGCAAGGAUAAUGUAAGACAAAGAGGAGUAAUUAAACAGCGCGAAUGACAUGCAUAUUAGUAGAUACCAGAGUUUGUUUUUGUUGAACUGUUUAAAGUCAAAACAGGGUUUCCAAAUUUUAUUGAUGAGCGGAGUCACUAUGACUUCUGCUUCACAAAUUUUGGGGUCAUUUUGGAAUAUUUGGAGUCAAGUAUCACAACGAAAAAAGCCAUUUUUAGACUUUCCAACAUGUGGUCCUGGCAUGUAUACACUAUCGUGAGGGAUACACGAAGUAGCUGUGGUGGGCCGCUGCCCUGGAAAGCUCAAAUCCAUGAUAGCGGCCAUCGAGUAAACUUUGAUUGUAAUUUACCCUCUUCCUGUUUUGUCGUUAAGUAUAAUUCUUUAAUUUUGACGAUUUAAUUAAGGUUUACAAUGUUUAAAAUUAAUGUAAAUUGUAUUUGUUGUGAAAAAGGUAAGGACAAAAUAUUGUGUUUGUUACCGAAAAUUUCUGGAGUCGAAGUUAGGCUCCCUGUUUGUUACCGAAAAUUUCUGGAGUCAAAGUGACUCCCUUCGUAACCUCUGUGGAGUCAUCUGAACAAUAUGCUAAAACAAGUAAAGUUUUGAAAAUUUUUGGAAGUAACAGCUAAACCUAAGGUCAUGGAAAACUAGAAAAGGUCAUGGAUAGUCAUGGAAUUUGAAGAACUUGAAAGAGUGCAAACCCUGUUUCUGGUGUUCACAGUUAUCUCAGUUUGACUGUCAUAGCCUAUUACAUUUUUUUGUGCUUACAGCUGGCUUAUAGCCAGUACACAUUAUGUCAAUAUCUGUGUAAGUCCGUCCAUUUCCUGGCAACCAUCUGUAGUCUGCUGUUAAGAGGGUUCAACCAAGCCACUUACAGUGUAUUAUGAUGGACACCCGUAAUGGUAGGUUGAAGAUGAUAACAACAUUAGGCUCGAUUACCAGCCGCUGUUCAGGAAAAUGAGCCCGCACUCAACCAGACCCGGGGGACGGCAGAAAUCGAGCCUAUAACAACAUACGCUUGCCUUAUACUCAAAACGUUCCUGGAGAAUCUGCAGACACCUGUGAAGUGCAUUCAAAUGGACAACAGAUGAUGCUGGUGGUCUUGGUGACCAACUAGCCCUACAACUCAAGUGUAUUUACACCUAAGCUCCACUGCAUAGACCUAAAAUCAGAAACUCUCUCUUCAACAAGGCUUACCCAGAAUACGUGCGCCACCUCAACUCUUCUCAACGUUCCCAGCCCCUGACUCUCAGGCAGGGAAUACACUGACCAACUAUUUUGGAUUUCAGCUGGGUUUUGUAAUGUGUGAAAGGGAACUUAGAAGAUUACAGAUGUUUCAACUGUUUCACAAACCCUGAAGCCACCUACUACUGGUAACUGCAGUUAUCUAAAUAUAAAACGUGUUACCAUCAAGUUUCCUGGCUUGUCAAUGCUUCCAAACCCCUUGUACCGGUUGCUUAGCACCAAAGCACUAGAACAGGCAGAUCUUUGACAGCUGGCGUCAAUCAUUGGCAGGAUUGUAUGACAGGAAACAACUUGGAAUGUUUCAGUAAAAGACAAUCCUGAAAUGCUGUUAAAGUAACCUCCAAUGCAUGUGUGACCACCUUUGAUGUCAGUGACUACCUCAGAUAAGUGCAAUUAUUUAUUGGCGAAAAGACCAAAAUUUUCUCAGUCAAAUUAAUACACUUGAAACCUCUCAUUAAUGACCACCUCUUGCAAUUGACUAAUAAUCACCUUUUUGGAUGACAGUUGUAGAAUUUAGUUUGAUCUCUUUGUACUACACUACUCAGAGUAUGAGAACUUGUUAUGACAAGAUGAAACUAUGCAUAUCAUACAUUAUAAAUACAUGCAAUGAAUUCUUCUCAAAAAUGUGGAUGUGUUCGGAUUUAAUUAUUGGUAGCGUACAUUUACAACUUAAUACUACCAUUGUAAUAUUAUGUUAUUCUAUGCAGUCACUGUUGAUGAUGUAAAGUUAAAGAUAAUUUCAUCGAGAAACGUGGCCUCCCUCCUGUAGUAUUGAUAAAGACUUGACAGAGACUGGAAAUGGCACAAGAAAAGUCUCUGGUACCUAGGGUAGUAAUACAUAUAGGCCAACUCUUCCAAAGUCUCCCGGAUACGGCACUGAUCUCCUGCUUUUCCACAUGGGUCACCAAAUCUCUCCCAUCAAAUGGACUUCUGAGCUUUUCUGUGCUUUAGUUUGAAAUUUUGCCCAUUUUUUUUCUCAAAAUUUGAACUUCUCAUUUAUUGAAUGGUUUCUGGAACAGUUUUGCAUGUAUAAGUUUAUUUCAUCAUUACAAUGAUGAAAGUGAAUUUUGAUAGCAUGUACUUUAUGUAAGACUCCAUUUACAUGUAAUGUCCUAAGCCAUAGGCCAAUUUGUGGGUGGGGUGUGCAUUGACAUUCAGAGGGGGUUACUGCAAAAGAGAGAGUCUCCAUAUUUUAGAUUUCCAGCUAGAGGUUGGCAUCUCUGGUAAUAUUGUGGUCACUUUGUUAUCAUCAUUCAUAGAAGAGGUUACAUGAUUGUUUUUAACUAAAACAGGUUGUAUGUGUCCCCAAGUCAUCCGCCAUCUGCUGAACAGAAAAGGAUCAGCCCUUAUAGAUACCUAAAAGACAGCUUAGAUAUACCUGAACUGAAUAAAGUGAGGGGUUCACUUCUGGCCAAACUGGAGUCAAUUGCAGCACAAGAAGGUGGGCAUUAAAACUAGUCAGCACCAGGUAGGGAAGAUAAUUAAAAAAAAAGGCGUGGGACAGUUAUACGGUAAGAUAAUGUGACCAGAUUACAUUAAUUUUUCAUACCUUGGUGAGAAGAGAGAGGACAGUAAAUAAGAAAUCAGAUAACCAUUAUAUCGGAAGAAUAUAUCCAAAUUAUUUGGAUGUUUAAAAUUUUCAAGGACAGUUUGCUUUAAGCACAAUUUGCCAUCUUGUGUUUAAUUGUUUUACAGGUACAGUAACAAAAGAAGGAUUGCUUUCUCUUUAUUUAACUUAAUGCUCAAUAAAAGGUAUGCAUCUGCAACCUAUGUACUGCAGUGCUGGUUUUCUUUUCUUUAAUUCUUUUCCCUGGUUGUUUUUUGUAGAGGCACUGUCAGGCUCCCCUCCCAGUGAAAGUCAGCACCAUCAUCAUCGUCAUCCAGAUCAUUCAAGAACUGAUGAAAGUAAGUGUGUGCGGCAGACUUUAUACACUACAUAAUAAUAAUAAUAAUAAUAAUAAUAAUAAUAAUAAUAAUAAUAAUAUUGUAAUUAAUCAAGUCUGAGCUGUGCCCUUUCUUUAAAAACAUUAGUACAGGAUGUUGCCCACUAUCUCGCCGGUACCAGUAUCCAGCCACUUAAAACAAAAACUCAAUUUUUGCAGCGCCCCCUUUAAGUUUUCCGUAAACAAAGUAUCUCGAAUGGAAGCUGAAGAUUUCACCUGUAAAAUACAAUUUUUCGCGGGUUUACGGCUUGAGAAACAGUCGCAGAAGGCAGGUGAGUAAACUUUUCUUGGCUAAUAUUUAUGCUGUUUACCGCGCAGUGAAACUAGUGGCCAUGGUGUUCAAAUAAGGGUUGGUAAUCAGGGCUUAAAGUUUAAAUUUGAGUUUGGCAGCACUGGUGCUACCAGAUGUAAAUUGUUAGGCGCACUGCCGAAAUUUUAGGCGCACAGCUGAAAAUUUUAGGAGCACAGCUUAUAAUGUUGGGAGCAUCCGUUUCAAAAGAAAAAGUAAAGUUUAUUUGUCAUCUUCAGUUUGUUACUUUUACUUCAGUCCUGUGAUUGAUAAAACACAGCCGAUUUGCUACGCAGUAAUACCGUUGUGAUUUUUAAUACUAAUUUCUCUAUUUGACAGUACAGUUGUGACUAAAGAAAACUUACACUUGAAAAACAAUUCAAAACUGACAACAAUGAGUGUGUUGAACAAGAAUGAAAAUUAAUCUUUAAUGAAUUUGUUAAAUGCGCAAUGACUUACAUGUAACUGGAAUACGAAAUAAAAAACUUUCUUACCUGGAAAAAAAGGCUCUUAAUUCACACUGUUUUUGUUUUGAUUGACGUUAAAACUGAACGUUCGACAUGAUUGUCCAUUGCGCAAAAAGUACGUGCUUCGUUCGUAGCAUAUAUUUGCAUGUGUCAGCGGUGUUUAUUACAAAACAGAAGAGUCUGGGAUGGAGUAAAACAUCGAAACGAAAAAGAACAUUCGAGUUCGUAGAAUCCAUUGGGAGAAAAGACCAAUUAAACAUACACCGUCUUUCUAGUUCGAGUUCGUAAGUGUAGUCGGAAGUAAGUCAGUCGCACUGUGCUUUGGGUUUUACGGCGCACAGGUGCGAUUGUACAUGAAUCUUAAACAUAUCAAAUAACACGACUUUACUCCAACAAGCUGUCAACAGGUCCGUCCUUUGGGAGUUAGAUUGCCAGAUAAACAUGUUUUGGAUGCAGUAUGGUGUCUUCUUUUUCGCGCAAAAACAGCCUUGGAAACGAAAAUUCUCUCGCUCAUAUCUCGUUUAAUUUUUGUUAUAUCGACAUUAAAUUUUGCAUGCAAAUCCCUAUUGCCAUCGUCUUUGAACUGAGAAAAAAUGAUGGCGAUCGGAUAUAGUCACUUUAGCCUCCAGGAAUACCUUAAACAUACACCGUCUUUCUAGUUCGAGUUCGUAAGUAUAGUCGGAAGUAAGUCAGUCGCACUGUGCUUUGGGUUUUAUGGCGCACAGGUGCGAUUGUACAUGAAUUUUUAGGCGCACAACCAAAAAUCCAGUCGCAUAUGCGACCAGUUAGUCGCUAACUUUGAGCCGUGGUAAUAUGUGAUAUUUUCAAAGAAACUGUUUUAUAUUUAAAGUGAAAUUACUUAAAGAAGCCAGGUUGUCAGAAAAAUCAUUAAUUCUUCUUGAAAUUCAAUCUGUUUGGGAUAACGCGGGCCAGAAGUAUUCACUGAUGUCAGGUGCCCAGUAUCUGGCCAGUUUUUUCUUUGCUGUGCAAAAUUGAUGAAUUAGUUGCAUACGUUAUCCGGGAAAUAUUUAUUUCACAUCUAUGAUAAUAAUAAAGCUUUGGCUAUAUAAUAAUUAUAAUCUGUAUAAUGUAAUUCUACUCAACUCCUUUUGAAAAUUUUCUUCACUCAUUCAGAGGCUAAUUGAUUUCGUAUGCAUGGCUUGUUUUGCGUGACUGCAUUUUCUAUAUAUAACCGAAAGCACAAAGUUGAACCCAGAAUUCACAUAGAAAUGGGGUUGCAACAGCUAAUCUUAAAAAAUUAAUGUCUCAAAGAAGGAGGAAUUAGUGCUGGGAAAUAGUGAUACCACGUCAAAUUACUUGUUGCAUCUCUGUUUGGGGUAAUUGUUCAGUUGCAAUGUUGUCUGAAAUUGAGAAAUUACACAUAAAAGUAGGAAGAGUCUUUCACAAAGUCCCAUAUGCAGAAUGUUUUGGACAGUGAAGUGAUGGACUAUAUCAAGUGGCAAGUCAUCUAUUAAGGAUACGUAUACAAACAUAGACUAAGCUGUUGAAGUCCUUACAAAGGUGAAGCAAUGGCUCAAUGGCAGAUUGAUAACAUUUUUGACUUUUGUUUAAUCUAAGCAUGAGGGUUUAUCACUUGAGGUAAAAGGAAAGAAUACAGAGUUAGGGAGAAACAGUUUUGCAUCGGCUUUAUAAUUUGCCACUAUUGACCUGCAUUACCAAAAUAAGUCAUUUAUUUAUGUAUAUAUGUAUGUAUGUAUUUAUAUAUUUUCCGUGAAGUUUAAGUACAAAAUUUGUUUUCAGAAAGAGGUAAUUCAUAAUUUUAAAAAUCACCUUUUGGUCAUAUGCAUGUGACCAGCUACGAACUUAAACAUUUCAAGAAAAUGGUGUGGGUUUUCAAAACCAAAUCACUAUUAUUUUGUUUAAAAAUAAGACCCACUAAUCGUUUUUGGAAGGUAAAAUCAUGUAACUUUUAUUUUCAUGAAAAUGAUGUUACAUGACCUCUUAGUGCAAAUUAAUGAUCUAUAUAAGGGCUAGGUGAUUUUAUUUUUCCCAGUUAUUCCGAAUAAUGGUAUUGUUGUAAUAAUAGUGAUGCCAACUCUCCCGCUUUUGGUGGGAGACUUACGCUUUUUUGCCUUGUCUCCCGCUUUGGUACAUAACUCUCCCGCUUUUUACGUCCACUAUAAAUACUGAAUACUUAGUGAAAAAUAAAACAGACUUAGUUUGAGAUUUAGCCCAUUUUUAGCUCAAAAAUUGAAUUUUUCUAACUCGUGGUACGGUUUCUGGGGCAUUUUUGCACAUAUUUAGUCAUUUGACAAAGAUUAUUUCUAGCAUCAAAACGAUGAUUUUGAAUUUUGAUAGUAUGUACAUCAUGUAAGAUGUCAUUAUAAUGUCUUAAGUCAUUCCCGGCUGGGUCAAUUUUUUGGGGGGUUGGGGGACAGUCUCCCGAUUUUAGGUCUCCAGAGGUUGGCAUCUCUGUAAUAAGUUAACUCCAAUAAGUAACCACAACAUCUUGCUUGUUUUCUUUGCUCUGUUGCUUGAUAUAAUGCAAGGUCAACAGAUUAAAAUGUUUUCUGAUCCUUUGAAUUGUCAACUGUUCCAAACAUUUGGAGAAAGUUUUAGAAAGAAAUUUUUUUAUUGGAAAUAGCAAGUGUAACUUGUGACUCGAUAUGUAAUUAUCAACCAUCUUAUUACAGACUGUUAUAUGCCAAACUGUAAAGAUGGUAAGUAGCCGUGGGUCGGAGUUUAACACCAGGACAAAUCCCUGCUUUGAAUUCCUGAACUGGCUUAAGCCUCCCUUGGUAGUAUGGUGGUUGAGAGCUGCCUGUAGGAAAAAUCUCAAUUUUCCCAGUUUUUGUUUAUAUUUGUGUAUUUUUAGUGCUUCAUCAAACUAACAGUUUAUUUUUGUUAUUGACCUUUUUUUAGGUUCCACAAAUCAGUAUUAUAAGGCAGCAUUAACAUAACAUUAUUACAGUAAAUUUUGUUUUUGAUAUCCUUAAAAUAAAUCAAUGAUGUUUAAAUCAUGUAGGUUCACAUAGGAAGACAUCAAUGCAAAUGACUGACAACAUCCAAGGUGAUGAUAGUGAACUGAAACAGCAAAGGCAUGUUCCUUCUCCCACAGCUGUCAGCCAGGAUGAUUCAGAUCUGGUUGUGAAAGGUGGUUAAUUAACUUUUUGAGAUAUGAUUCAGACAGAGAGGGUUUUUCUAAAAUACAACAUAUAUUAUAAUAUAUAGGUGAAUCCUGAUGUACAUGUAGUAGCAUGUUAACUCGAACCUUCAAGGGAAAUCUCAAAGUCUUGGGGCAGAGUCCAACAAAAUUUGACAAGUAUAUAUGGGCAUUUUGCUGCAUGGGCAAGUACACAUGUAGCAUGUAAAAAUUAAUUAAUACCCACUGAGCAACAUGAGCUGGUUGUCCCACAUCACAGAGCAAUCAUAAGACUUCACGCUACAGGUGUAUCUGUAAUUUUUUUUCCAUGAGUUUCACCAACAUUUUCAGAGGACUGCUUCUAUACCAAACCAUGCACAACCUAUUUUUAUUAUAACGUUUCAUAAAACCAUGCUAAGAAUCCAUUGUCAUCUAGGAAAACUCUUUAAGCCAUUAAUUUGUUCCAUUUUAAAAUUUUUGGCCUUCGCUUUGAACUAUUGUGCAGGGUUUUCAUUAAUAAUCCUAGUAGCAGCUGGAGAAAGGUGUAAUGUUACUCGAGAAUAUUUUGAUUGAGGCUCCACAUCUGCAUAAAAAAUAGUUGUAAGCUAGCGAAUGUUAGGCGGAGAAUUCUGCAUAGUAAAUGGGGAAUUCUCUGAUCUCCAAUGUAAUGAACACCCUGGUUGUGGUACUCAGAGGGUCAACAGUCUUGCACAAAUUUGUGACAAUCUGGGAUCUUGAACAAUAAUACAUUUGAGGUGAGGCAUGUUAAUUUAUAAAUAGCAGCCAGGCCUUCAGCUGGAUGAAAGAAUAAUAUGAUGCAUGGAUCCUGCUCAUAAUGGACAGAGAAGACGUUUUACAUCCAAAAGGAGGUGUAUCAGGCAUGAUUUGUGCAUAUUUUAAGACAUUUCUGCAUCUUAGGGGUGGGAUGAAUGCAGGUAGAUGGAUCAUUGAAUGGCCUAGCUAUAUGCUUUAAUUAUUGGGAUACUGCUUCAGAUUAUACUGUACCCCUAAGAACUUUAUAUUCUGAAUACAGUAAAACCUGACGCAUAAGAACCUGUCAGGGUGAAAUUUUCAUUUUGAGCACCCUUCACAUAAGAACCAUUUCAGGCUGAAAUUUCAAAGUAGGUUCUUAAUUUCCAAAGUACAAUAUAGAAAACAAUAACAUGUGCAUAACUUAGCACUAUUUUGUAAGAUUUAUGUGCUUUUAAUGUUUGCACUCUACUAUUAUUCCAUGUAACUAGCAUGAAAAAUAAUGUGUGAAUAAUUUAAUAAAAAAGGCCAUGCCCACCAAUACAAGUACUUUUUUCUUACCAAAAAUUAAGAACCCAUUUAAGAACCUGGAUAGCCUGAUUUCAAGUUAAGCACCAUUUAUGUAAGAACCUGUUCAGGCUGACGUGGAAAAAUCUAGGUUUUUAUGUGUGGGGUUUUAUUGUAGUCAUUCACAGCAUUGUUUUUAACAUAACUUUUCUUCUGUUUUUUUACCUUUUGUACAAAUUAUCUAAGCUUAAAUAACUUUUGUUGACUAGUCAAUUUAACAUCAUUUGGAGUGCGUAUUUUGUUUUAUAUAGACACUGGCCACCUAGACUAGCCUCUGCUAUUUGUGGGCAGUAAGAAAAUAAAACUGUAAAUCUGAAUAAACCAAUGAAAAUGAAUGAAUGAAUGAAUGAAUCUUGAAUGGAUGAAGAGAUUCAUAUGUGAUUGUUGAUUGCUGAUGCCAUUUUCAUAUUAAUUUUUCAUUAACUGAUGUUUUCAUAAUGUUACUGUUUUCCUUUUUUGACAGGUCCAUUAAGGAGAAGAGGAGGUCCCUCCAAGCCAGCAACAAGUAAUGAGAUAUUUUCCAUCAUUAGGCUAAAUGUAAAGCAAAAAUUUAUUCAUAGCCACAGAAAUUCCCUGUUAUUAACACUGAGUGUGUGUAAUUUAUUUAUGAUACUCAUUAAAGAUACAUUAGUCUUAUUUAUCAGUGAUUUUUGAUUGUUAUUAAUAAAUGAAUUUUUAAAGUUGCCUGGAAGUGAUGUCUAUAUUACUUAAUAUAAAGAAGGUAACUAUUUUUAUCAAGUUUAAAAAUUAUAUAAAGUUAAUAACUAUUAUUGGAUUCUUCCCUUGAAUGAAGUCUAGGUACAAGAUUAGAUAGAAUACAACAAUUAAUUCUUCAUUGCAGUAAGAACAUUCUUAUUGAUUUUGUGUUUUAAAUGCAUGCAUGUCUGCCCUGGUACUCGAUAUAACGAACGUCUAUAUAACAAAGUUCUUGGUAUAACGAACAAUAUCAAAGACCUUGAUAAUACAUAGAUUUAGCCGGGGCUAAAAGUGAAGCUCUGGUUAAUAAUACUUGUAAACAAGAAAAUUAAAUUAUGUAAUGCUAUACGGGGAGGGCAAUGAAAAUGGCAUCAAUAGAUCUAAUUAGCAAAAAAAACAAAUUGCAUGUGCAGCACACUUUUUUUUCUAAUUAGCAAAAAACCCAAUUUGCACGUACAGCACACUUUUUGUCUUUCUUUGCUGUUGUUUUGCACAACUACAACGCUGUUUUGUAGGACUAAAACGUCAAACUUCCUAGUUACACAUUAUUUUUAUGGAGGAAUUGUCGUAUGUGCUUACCCAAUAUUUUGUCUCCUGCUUUCAUGUUUGCUUUUAUUUUUCGCUUUCGCUCAUUUUCACCUUGCUGGCCACUAGCAUUUCUCAUUGUCUCACAGCCGCUUUGAAUUUUCAUGUUUUUCUUCCUACAAAAUUAGUCUCUUUUGUUUUCAAUCACUCGCUGUAGCUCUUUCUCUGUUAUCUAGGUGAGUGUAAACAUAAAAAAUAACGUCGAAAAAGACACGACUUUCUUGUUGUUUUUUCUUUCUAAAAGUCCGGGAGGCCAUGCGAUUUCUUUCCAAAUAAAACCUUGAGUUGCAUUUGGGUUGCCGUACCUGUUAAUUGAAUUAUUUUACAUUGGUAUGCCUGUGGUGCGGACUGACGGCCUGGCGGUCGGUCGGUCGGUGCACGGUCACGUCAUUACCAAAUUUUCUCGGAUGGGUAGUUCACCACCUUUUUUUUAUCCAUGGUGCUCCGCUGCACACACUUUGCGCGCAACAGCUCCGCUAUAAUGAAACCUGGUUAUAGGGAACAAAUUUUGCCAUCCCUUGUUCCUUCAUUAUAUCAAGGUCCCACUGUAUGGAUAAAACCUAGAUUGGCUAAAAAUCUUUUCAAAACUUUCCAUGGUAGGUUUGCACAAGAAUCCAGAAGUUAUGAAUGGUGACAGUGAUGAUGACAGUGAUGAUGAUAAUAACACACUUAGACCUCAGAGACGUGUCCCUGCUACUUCAAAUUUUCACUCCACAAACCAGGAUGACUCUAGUCUUGUAGUAAAAGGUAUUUUAAUUGGUGAUUUUACCAGUAUAUACAUUAAAUGUUACUUUGUGUUAUUUUAUCAGCCAAUUUUCCAGGGGUGCUGAAAAAGACAGUACGAUUCUUUUCUUUGUAAAAAAAUAUAAAUUCAAUCCUGUCAUGCACAAGUUAGUUAGUGCUUACAGCUGUAUUUGAAUUUAUCAUGGCGACAUCUUAGGUGUUGAUUUUUUGAUGGGAUAUGUUGGGUCUUAAUUCUGCUUCUCAACAGUUUCUCUUAGAGACAUACAUGUAACCAGUAUGCCACUAAUUUAGUCUUGUAAACCAAAGUGUAAUUUGGAAAGAUGGAAAGGUGUGGCAUUACAGGUGUAUGUGUCAUUUUUCAUGUGUUUUAAUGUUGCAGUGCAUCUUUGACAUGCACUUUGAUUGACUUAAAUACUUCUGCAGUUCUGCAGUUUCUAUGUGGUUGUGUGUGUUUUAAUUUUGGGUAUAGUGGGGUGGUCUGUUCACAAAAAUGUUUCCAUUUGAGCAAAUGCUGCUAUCUGUUCAAGUAAUCUGUGGAAAAUUGUAACCAGAUUUACAUUGUCUGCCAUAACUGUAAGUGCCUAUAGUAAAUAUUUAUUUGUGAGAGUUGAUGAGAUCUUCAUGAGAUUGGAAGGGAUCAGUUUGAAGUCUAAGACUUUAAUUUAGUUAAACUGCAUGUGUUAAUCCUUCUGGCAAGUUUUUCAUGAACUUUGUAAUAGAGACCUUCCCGAGCUUGCCCAUCCCCUGUACAUGUUAAUAAGAUUUAUUACAUAAAAUAUUAUUGUAGUUUUUAAGUAAAGGUAUCUGUGUAUAGUGAGGUGACUUAAUAUUAAUCAUUUCAAGUAUCUGUCAUUUUGGCAGGUCCAGUUAAAAGGAGAGGACCAUCACCAAAAACAAGGGCAUCAUUUGGUGAGAGGGAAAAACACUUUAUUUUAAUGUUAAUUGUGCACAUGAAUUAAUGUGAUAAAGUUCUGCACGUAGUAUUUCAGGAAAUUCACGGCCAGUCAUCAACAGAGUCGAAUGUUUGUUGAAAAUUCAGCUGCACUGUAUAGUUUAUAAACAGGAAAUUUUCAAAAACAGUGGACUUCAAAGUGAUUACAAAAUUAUUCCGUCUUUAACAGAUGCAGUUACAAGUGUAGAUGGUUAUUAUGAUGAUAGUGGGCUUAUCCAGCAAGAAAGACCACAGAGACAAGUCCCUGUUCCUCAAGAAUUUGAAGACCUUGUAGUAAAAGGUAAGGCUGCUGAUUUUUUAAACACAUUUCAUAAAAUCGUUAAUAAUUAUUGUAAUAUUUUAUUGUUCAAUGUGGUGUCCCAUGCUGUAACACACUAUUCAAUUGACUCAUCAUUGGCUCUUCUUGGGUAUGAAGCAAGGCACUUUCAGAAACUUUUAAUUAUUGGGAGGCUCUGAAUACCACAACACUAAAGUAAACAGACACCACAGCACCGGUCAAGUAAAGUUGAUGAAACAUCAACCCUGUGACUGUUUUGUUUACAAGUAGUCCCACAACUUGCAUGUUCUUCAGUCGAUGUCCUCAUUUACCCAGGAUGCCCCCCUGCAUUUGUGGCCGUUCAGUCCUCUCACAGCUUUUAUUUUCAUUAGCCUUAAGAAAUAAAAAGAUUGGUAAACAGACUGAAAAUGAAAGAGGUAUUUAACUUUCCCAUUCAGCGUGUAAAAAUACUAUUAACUGACUCCUACACUGACCAUCUCUUUGGUGUCCAAUGUCAAAACCAUACUCCUAGGCUAGCAAGCCUACUCGUCUUUCAAAUUGUUUAAGUGACAUCAGCCACUUUAAGACAUGAAGUGAUGUAUAUAAUAAUAAUAAUAAUAAUAAUAAUAAUAAUAAUAAUAAUAAUUAUGAUAACAAUGAUAUUAAUAAUUACUAUCAUUAAUUAUUAUUAUAUUUUGUUGAAUUACCCAUGACAUUUCUAAUUUUGUUAAUUUUUCUGGGGGUAAAUACUGAUCCAAUUAAGGGUAGUUUUGGUGUUUAGAAGCUAGAAGUUUUAAUUGAUGUUUAGCUAUCAUAAGCAUUAAAUUUUUGUUUUCUUCAGAAAUAUGUUAUCCAUGUACUUUGCAGGUCCUUUAAAGAGAAGAGGGGGAACUCCGCAGCAAAGACAACCAGUGGCUACAGGUUAGUUGAAAAUUCACUUUGAGUCCAAUGGAACUUCAAUGGUUGGCUGAAUGCAAUGAAAACUCCUCAUAUUUAACCUUCGCUAAAACUCUGUCUUCUGUCCAUUUAAAUUUUGUGUAAAACAGUGUUUGUUUACAUCCAUGUUUUAAGUUUAGAAGAUGGCUGAUUUUAAAAUAAUUUGAUUACUUGGUAGGUUUACACCACAGUGCAGGACUUAUGAAUGAAAACAAUGAUGAUGAUGACAGUGAUAAUGAUAAUUACAUGCAAAGACCCCUACAGAGACGUGUACCUGUUGUUGCUGCUGCUGCUGCUGCUGCUGCUUCCGGCCCAAGCCUGGAUGAUUCUAAUCUCGUAGUAAAAGGUAGUGGCAGAAGAAAACAAGCAUUGCCAUAAUUAUUUCUCUGAUUAGUUAAUGCCAGUGAGAGUGUCAGGAACAUUUCUUCAUCACUGUUCACACAUACCGGUAACGUUGAUUAUAUUAUUCAGUCAAGUGAAUUUCGUGUACACAUGUACUGCAUAACUGAGGCUGUAAAAACCCAAUCUGACCACAUCUGCUCAAUGUGCGGAAGGGACUGUCAUUUCGGAAUCGGUCUUUGCAGCCACGCAAGGCGAUGUUCGAGAAUCACAAAUCAAAGCACGACACCAUUGUCUUUCAAGACUGAAGGAUGCCAACCAGUAAAAACCUUAUCAAUCUUGUUCAUGUUAUGUUUGGGUUCAUAGCCACAGUGCCCUAAACCUUGUUGAAAUCACCUUGGCGUUUUUUCGUUUUAAGUAAGUGUUAUCAGCCUUGCAUGGCCUUGGUGCCUUUGACUGCACAGGGCUAAUAACACUUACUGAGACCUUGAUUAUUCCGAAUAUCACAAAAAACGAAUCUAAUAAUUUCUUUAUUAUAGAUUGUUUUGAACAAACAAACAAACAGACAAACAAACACACCAUUGCAUAGAAUGCAGUUUGACAUCGCUCUUGGAAAUCAUGGAUUGUGCAUGCAACCUACAGAUUGGUCUCUAAUCUGCCAGCAGUCAGCUAACUAAUCUGCAGGUUGCGCUGAUUUCAAAAUUUCCAAAAUUAACUGUUGGCUCUUAGCCAGUGAGAAGACGAUUAGUGAUAACAAUACUUCAGAAAUCUAAUGCUUCCUUCUUAGAACUGCUUGACAUUGAAUCCAUGACUAUGCAAAGUUGGGUUGCAGCCAUGCAUACAGUUCAGUGAUUCAUGUAACAGUAAUUGACUUUCCAUUUCUUGUCACUCCUUACUACAGCUUAUUAAGGUAUCCCCAGUUUAUUUGAAAUCCCUGGCUGCACUCCUAAUUUUCCACCUGCCUGUGCAUACAUUGCUUUUCAGGUCCAUUAAAGAGACGAGGUGGAACUCCGCAGCUAGGACAACCAGUGGCUUCAGGUGAGUUGAAGAAAUUUAAAACACAAAAAAAGGUAAAAACAAGGGUAGUUUGCCGGGUUUGGUGGGAGGUACGUAACUGUAGAGGCCUUAACAUUUCAGAACUACAUUCCGUGGGUUGAUGUAAAGGUGAUGGUGAAUUUUAUGCCUGCUCAGUAAACGUACGAGGAUGAUAUUUAUUUAGUUAGUGAUGCAAUGGACUAGCAAUAAAAUAAAAAAUUAGAGUUCCCUCAACAGCAGUCAGGGGCGGAUCUAGGGGGAGGGUGCAGGGGGUGCGCACCCCCCCCCCCCCCGAGAUGACCUGCGGUUUUCUAAUACAACUGGUAUUCUGCAAAAAAAAAACUAUGUGGCUUAUUGGUGUUGAAGUAGAGCAAGGGACGAGUGCACCCCCUCCUAAGAAAAAUCCUAGAUCCGCCCCUGGCAGUCGAACCUGUUAGUUACUAUCCCAGGCCGGAGAUCCUUAGUUUUGCUGCAGCGUCUUUUAAUCCCGUAACACCUUCAUAAAUCCGUAACAUCUUUAAACCUGGACGCCAUCUUGGUACUGAUGUUGUUAAAGGAAACGUUGUCUUAGCAAUUUUGUAAUUUCGCAUGUGGCACUUUGAAUUAACGCGGACGUUUUGCUCCAGAAUGGAGGGGUAAUUUGUCGACCAUUACAUGUCUUUGCAACAAAAUCUACAGGUCCCGUAAAAAGAAGAGAAUCACCACAACUUAGAGCAUCAGUUGGUAAGCAUCAGACAAAAUGUGUUGGACUUACGUUUGUUGGGAGUAGAAAUAUUCUGUUUUUGUUUGUCACAAGCCUACUUCUUUUUUUCCAAAACUACUUGAGUAGAAAUUUACAGUGCAAAGGGAACUGCUUGGUAAAAUAACAUGCCAAUACAUAUUGACAGUGGAGGGACGUUUUUCCAGUGACCUUUUGUUCUGAUAGUACUGAAACUUUCUCUGGUUGAAAACGUAGCUAUUAUCCAACACCUGACAUGCAACCUAGUACCGUGUCUACCUUAUUUACAUGGAGGUGUAUAUGAUUGACUGUGGCUUAAUAUCUGUUUUCUCCUUCACCAGACGCAGUUUCCUAUAUGGAUGAAUAUGAUAGUAAUAAUGGCUUCGUUCCUCAAGAAAGGCCACAAAAGCUUGACCCAGUGGCUUCAGUAUCCCAGGAAAAUGCAGACCUAGUAGUUAAAGGUUGUAAUCAAUUAUUUUACUGCACUGUAAAGCGGAAAAAAGAUGUAGACAGUCUCUUUGUAACUGACUACUGAGAACGCAUUUGGUAUUUUAACAUCUUUUUUAACAUGCUAUGACUGGCUGCUAUAGAGUGUUUUCACAUGACGUCACGGCGGCCAUAUUGGUGUUCCAAAACAAUGAAACGGCGGCCAUGUUGGUGUCCCAAACCAUCCCUCCGGGAGUGGAACUCUUUUCUUAUGCAAACGCUUUCUUUUGUUCCAAUAAAUUUGCAAAUAUGCUGGCCACGGGAGAGAAAACACUCUAUAAGUACACAGCAUAGCCCCUUUAAGCGCUUUGUUCGCGAAUGUAACGUUACUGCUAAAUAUUGUCCUUACUUUUCAAAAUAAAAUAGUAAUAAUUACCUUAUUUACCCUCUGCCUUAUAGCAGAAAGGCUAGUUGGGCCCAGCAGAUCAGUGACUGCAACAAAAAUUUCAAUUGAAACAUAACAGGGUUAAGAAUCCUUACUAGCCUAAGAUGGAAUAGCCUGCGAACAGCACAUGCAUUUCCGGUCGUCGCUUCUCUCCCUCCGACCUGAAAUGCGUCUGCUGUUCGCAGGCUAAAGAUGGAACAGUCAGCUAUUUCAAGACUAUAUAAAUACGGGUCUUCGUGAACUAAUCAGGGUGGGAGCUGUACUCGGGGCGUGAGCCUCUCUCUAACCGCUCGGCCACGCUAUUUCCUCCUCAUUUCAGGUCCAUUGAAAAGAAGAGGCGGUACUCCAAGGCCCAGACAGCCCGUGGCUACUGGUUAUGGUUAGUUAUGUCUUAUAAUAAUUUUCUCUUCUUGCUAUGUUUUUAGCCAAUAGUUCGCCUAUUUCUUCCUCGUAAAACGAAUGAAAUUUUCCGCCAUUUUGUAUUCACUACCAAAGCAACUCAACCUCGUCCCCAGGUCUUCUCGGUUAACCGUUCAAUAAUCCCUGCACGCAUGACUUCAUCAGUUCACGUAUCUCAAAAUUCUUCCAAAUUUGGUCGACAGUAGCUGGUUAUGAUGAAUUAUGCGUUUGAUUUUAGCCAAUCAGAAACGGAGAAAUGUUUUGAAUGAAUAAUAAUAAUGGUUACAGAACAGUAUGAAAGUUCAUAAUAUUAUUACACAACAGGUUUGGUUGAAAAUGACGAUGAGGAGUAUGUACAGCCAAGACGACGCGGCGCCUCUCCAGCUUCCAGCCAAAACGACCACAACAGUAAGUUAUCACAUAAUAGGCACACACAUGGAAUCGAAGAAUGUAGUUGUAACUGUCAUUCAUUUACCCUCGAAAUACCGCUUAAGACGUCCUAAGAACUCGUGUUUUGCAUUGGUUGUUUGCUCCUAAUCGUGUUAAUAUUUGGACCGAUGUAUUGGUUUUUGAGAAGAAGGAAAACGAACCAACAACAACAGGGGCGUAGCGUGGCCAUUUUGGCAAGUACGCACACGCGCGGAUCCAUAUUCUUAACAAAAUAACGUUUUUGUUAUCCUUUAAUAGUUACAUUUUUUGGUAGAUUACAGUCUUGUUUACGAUAGAACAUGAUAUUAAAAAAAGCUUUUAAAAUGUUUUUCUUUGAGCUGGUACUGGAAUCAGAAAGUUUUCAAGCACACGGCGCCUCCCCUAAAUAAACUUCCAAAGUGCUGAAUAUACCUCACAAGAAAUUCAAAUAACAUGUUUCGUUCAAUUGCCAAAUGUUUGGAAUGAAAGAUAAGCUGUACUGUCGCUCAAGAAAUGACCACUUAAAGUGCAGAAAUUUGGAGUUCAAAAGCAUCGGUUGGAAGAAUUUCAGCGUGUACGUGAUUGUGUAAAUUUUCCGAAAGCUUAGUCCUUUGCUGACUUUUGUGUUUUUCCUUUAUUUCGAUCUUGAAAUCGAUCAUGGAACAGACAAUUAUAGUAAGGGUUUUAGUAUUUAUGUAUUUAUUUAUUUUCAGUUGUUCUGAAUAUCUCUAAUGUUUUUCAUUGAAAACUAUUCUACAUCUGUUGAGUGUAAAUUUCCUGCAAAAUUCUUGUUGAUGCCGCACCACACGUGCACCUAAUGGUUUGCUUCAGCUUUAUACCUCGAUUAUGGUCGGCAUGGUUUAUUCCAUGAUUUCCCACUUAAAAUGUCCGGUUCAGACGCCGAACCUUUCAUGAGCCGAACCUAAUUCGAAUUAAGGCCGACCCAAAUUAUUUAGACCGGCUGAAUUUAUUCACACGCCGAUCUUAAUUGGAGCUGAACUAAAUUCAAAAGAGACAAAUGCUCAUUUUGGUCAAGCUGCUUACAAAAUACGUUAUAAUAAUUUAUGCAUUAGGUUCUGUACAUGAAAAGUUCGGCGUCUGAAUCAAAGCCGUUCCAAAGUCGCUCCAAAGGCGAAAUUCCCGGCCGGGCUAGGCGUAAAGAACGGCUGAGUCGUUCCAAAUUUAAAUAGGCGUUCCUAAUUGAUUCAGACUCCGAACUUUUCACGUACUUAAUUCAAUUUAUUAGGUUCGGCUCAUGAAAAGAUAGGAACCGGGCCUAAGCGACAUUUAUAGAGAGAGAAAACUAAAAAUGAAUAGCUUUAAUUUGCAUGGGAAAACUCUCCAGAUAAGUCUUUAAAGGAAUGAUAAUCAGUCAGGAUCGAUUCUUUGUGGCGGCAAAUGAGUUUCCAUGAAUUUCACCAGUCCUUCUUCCUUUUUGUUUUAUUCAAAAGCAAUGUAUUGGCGGAUCGGCAGAAAAUCUUUUUAAAAAACUCCUACCAAUUUCUCAAGUACGCACGUGCGUAUUUGCGUAAAGGACGCUACGCCCCUGAACAAACUACUACCAGGAGACACGGUCCCAGGCCUCAUUGCGGGGAGGCAAUAAGUGUUCUUAUCACUACGCCAUCUUUGCUGGUUGCAAUAAUAACACAGUCAAGGUCGUAGUUGGAGGUUAUGUUAAGAAUUCACUAGUUGAGGAUUUGUUUGAUCUGUGGAAAGUAACAGUAAUCAGUUUAUAGAUUGCUGUUACUGAUAGAUGAUUGAUUUGGAUUGGAAGAGUAGCGCUAUGCGCCAGUUCCAUUCAUUAGCAGUAGAUUUGUUCAAGACCAUUUGGUCCAGGUCCAACAGUCUGCUUGUAUGAUUUUAAAGAACUAUAAAACAAAGUCAAAAUGGAAGAUUUUAUUGGAAACGCACGUUCAACUGGGCUGUAGAUUCUCCGUUAGAAACAAGAACCGAACACUGCAGACUUGUUGAUAUUUGUGUGUACUUAUCUUAUACAUACGUACUUUAAAUUGUAAAGGUGGAUCUAAAUAAACUUGUUGUUCAAAAUUGCGAAGGGGGCCUGAUCGAGGAUAUAAAAUAUAAAUAUAUCUGUUAUUUUGCCAUGUGUGUAGUAUAGUUUUUGACGAGCGUUUGCUCCAUAGCUGUAACAUGGUUAAAUACAGCGCCCUUGUUCUUUGUUUGAAAUACCUCUGAUAGUUUGAUAUUGAUUUGUCACAAGGUUCUUGGAAGCGGGAUGACCCAAACUCUGACGUAAAUAUUCCAGUGGUAACAGCAGGUACUUGUGUUUUUGAGUAAAUACAUGUAGACUUUCAACUGAUACCGCAAUACUCUUAAUUGUACUGGCUCAGCUUCCCCGGGCCUUAAUUAUUCCUUAUGAGAUGAGUGGUCGCAUAUCCUUGGCUUAUCAGGACGUAGCAGAAAGCAUAAUAGCUCCAGCCUCAUUCGUGGUGUAUUCAAGCCUCUCGCUGAUCAAGAUUCUUUUUCCAGGUUUGGAGCUAAACUUUGGAACGCAAUUCCUAACGAAUUUCGUCAACUCUCCAAAGGAGAAAAUUUUUAUGACUUUUUGCCCUCGAUAAUGGCAGCAGUGGACGAUUAUGUUGAAGAGCUCAUUCUCCUACAAAAAAUGGCAAAUUCUGCAGCCUUGACUCAAUGCACUAAUAAUUCAUAGGUUCUGUUAGUAGUAAAUUUGUCUGGUAAUGUUAUUCUUUAAGACUAAUAAUUAGUUAGAUAUAUUUUGUAACUUUAUCUUGUUUUUCUGUAAUUCUUAUUUAUCCACAUAGUUUGUUUAGGUUACUUACAAAAACAUCUGUUAUGACUGUUUUAACCUUUCCCCUUCGCCCGCCUCGUCUAUCUUUUGCUAUUUGCGGGCGGAGAUGGCCAAAUGAUGAGUACGAAAGUAAAGUAUAGUGAUGCAGUCUUGCAUAUUUGGGUUUUUUCCAGAUACCUGUCCUUCCAGAACAGUCCGUCUUUUGCAAAGAAUCAUGUUUAGGUGUCCCACGAACUUUCGUUUCCGCGUGUAUCCUCCAGUCGUCUUUUGGUAGUCGCGAGCGGCGCCCCACAGCUAAGAAAAUUUGGUUAUCUAUCCAUCCGAGAAAUUGUGGUAGCCACGUGAACGUACGUCCGUCCGACCUCCCGUCUAGGGUUUGAUAGAUUGAGCUCGCAAAAGUAGCAUAAUAUGCCACCAGGAGUGUUCCUAUAUUUCUCAAAUUAUGCCACGAAUAAUCAUACUAACGUUUUAUAAAUUAUGCUUCUACUUUUUGCUUUAAAUUUGGUAAAACAUCUCAGUUACUCUGCAACAAACAAUUCAUUGUCUGACAAUUAUACAAACCGAAACAAAUAACAACCAGCACGUAGGUACCCUUUUGGGUAAUCGCGCUUGUUAUGCGCAUACGUAGAAUCCUGGGUCACUUCCUGUGGGACGGAGGUGUAAUGAAUGUGACAACAAGCAAACAAAAAAUCUAUUUUGUUACUUAAAUUCACCUGUAACACUGUUCUCGGGCCAAGAAAAUUGGUUGCAUGAUCAAUAAAUGACAAUUUUGAGAUGCCAAACCAGCAAAAAGUGCCAAUUAUGCUGGCAGUACUCUUUUCGGAAAGAAGAUGAAAAUUAUGCUCAUAAUGACAAAUUAUGCCAAAAAGUUUUUAACGGGGGCUUCGCCUUUUGCCUUGGCUAAAUCUAUACGUUGUGUAAAUGUGCUGUGUGUGUAUAUUAACGAGAAGCUGAUUCACGGUACAGCACUUGGCACACUAGCCAAAACUGCAGAGUAAAAUGUUAUGAUUUAUUUAGUUCAACUGGGAACUUUUCUUAGCGCAGUAGUGAGUUAUUUUCAGAAUUAUCUUCCUCUACGAAGUUCUUUGUAGUUACAUGUUCUCUUUUGUGUUUGUUGCCGAAAGUUAAAAGACGUGAACCGAACCAAGUAAAGAGAAGGGAGCCUGCAAGACCUCGUACAGCGGAAGAUAGUGAGAUGCGCAGGCGUAGUCUUCCUCAAGCGCCAACUUAUAGUAGAAGUGGUCCUAACAGUAGACAAUCCAACACUCCACCACAGGCACCUGCUUCAAGGAAAUCUGUCACCCCCAGAACUGGGCAGCUGGCUGCACCCAGGUACGACUUGACUCCCGCCUUUUUUCCCACUGCUCACUUUUUUCUCCCUCCACUCACAACGGUAAUCUUGGGGGAAGAGGUAAUUAUCCGUUGUACGGGAGUCUUUCCACAUGACACCAAUUUGAUCGCUUUAGAAUGGUGAUUGUAUAUAUUUUGCGGCCGUUGUCGUUGUGGAGAUUUGGUCAGAGGUUCAACAGUAUAACGGCACUAUAUUAGAAGAUCUGGGUUAUUAUCAGAUUAUCAGAUAUUGUUACUGCUAACAUGUGUAUUAUUUGAUCCCCUAAUAGCCAUACUUAGACGACAAAACGUUUUGUAAUUAGUAUUUCUGUAUGUGUUUGUUAAUUAAAGAAAAGGAAAGUGUGCUCAAACUGCAAAAUUUGUUGAACGGCUUCAAAAAUAUUUCUCUGGAUCCAUGUAUUUUUUCGAAUGACCCUGGCCAUCAUUGUUGGAGGAAAAUAGAAAACCUUAAACACUGCUGCGUUUUAUCAGGGCUUUAAUUUCCUUUGCAUUGUCUUGGAGAUUUUUUUGAUGAGUUUUUGAACCCAUGAUCACACUCAAGUAUCGCGUUUCAAGGUUUCAAGAAAUAUUCAUGUAAAUGCUUUGUGGUGUCUUUUCUUUUUCUCUUGAAGGAGAAUUCCAACACCUCGAGGACUUAGUCCAGGCAGAACAAACAACGACGAUAGCUGGAGUGAAGGGUGUUACUAGUGUGAUAACGUACUGACUGGACACCUUGUCCCUACUCAAGCAGCAAGGUACUGCGAGCAAGAUAUAGCUGUUGUCCAAUUAUGUAUAAGGCAGAAAAGUUGGAUUGUUUGUAAUUCUAUAAGAUUCGUCUUAUGUAGCCGCCAGCAACACGGAGCUCAUACAGUAUUGCUGAUCUCGUGAAAUGCUUUACUGUGCUUGCGUGGACUGGAGUUAAGUCUUGGAUUCUCUGUGAAUAUUUGACGCUUACUCGGUUGAAGUGUGAAACAGAUAUUUUAUUACUGGAUCUCAAAUGCAGCUAUAAAUCUAACUUAUGACAUUUUGGUUUUUUUUGUUUUAUUGCUAGCCCUCUACCACGAGAGGAGUAUUGUACCUGCCCCAGAUUUUAGUUCAGAUUAGGGAGUAUUUUAAAAAAAAUCCUUCUAGUUAGAUCCAAAACUCUUUCGACUUUUUUAGCCUGAAGUUCGGGAGUAUUUUGUUGGUGAGCGAGUGAGCUAUUGUUUUACCGCCAUAUUUGAUUUUAAAGAAAGGUCAAGGCUAUCCCACUAAUUUACCAAAACAUCUCUCUCACGGAGAAGCGAAUGUUGCUCGCACGCCUCCAGUGCAGGUUAAAAUCCGUUAAAUCUGACAUCCGGCAGUAAUAGCAUGCGUUUAGUCACCCGAGGUUUCUGUAUCGCGCCCUUCAAUUUUUAAAAAGCCGGCAUGCCUUUUUACUAUUGCUCGCCUUCUAGUUCGGAGGACUGGUGCAGCACCUCAUGCGUCUUUUCCAAGUCUUCGUUUAAUCGUAUUUCGUUGCGAACAAAAGGAUCCAGUGUUUGCUUUCCGCAGCGCUGAAGCGUGGUUCUAGCCUGCUUGGAAUCCCUGCUUAUUUUUUGUGUUACGUAAAGAAGCUGUUUUUUAGCUGAUGUACAAGUUUUGUUGGUUUAAACCGGAACCGAACAUAAGGACUAGGAGGUAUGUGGUACUUCCACACUAAACGAUGUGAUUAACUAUCCGGAUGUAUAAAUCGUCUAUUACACUGAAAAGGGACUGUUAUUUAACGAUUGCCUUUCCCUAUGAAUAGUCCAAAAGGUAUUUUAUUGUUAAAAAUUUUAAAUAAUCAUAACAAUAA